AUAUUUGCGACAGCCAACAUGAAGUUCUUCCAGAUCUUUAGCGUUCUCCUCGCCGCUGGCGCGUCUGCCAUGCCCACGGCCGCUGACGUUGCUGAGGAGCACGCUGCCCUCGACAAGCGAUCCGGUCCAGGCAUUGUUGCCGCGGCCAAGAGCAAGGAGGGUCUUCCUUACGUCUGGGGUGGCGGUGGCUGCAAGGGCCCGACCAAGGGUGGCUUCGAUUGCUCAGGCCUCACCCAGUAUGCCGUCUGCCAGGCUCAGAAGAAGACCAUUCCUCGCGUGGCUCAAGACCAGUACCACUCCAAGAUGGGCAAGCACAUUCCCCGCAAGGACGCUCAGCCUGGUGACAUGCUGUUCUGGGCCAAUGGCGGCAACUGCAAGAGCAAGGUCGCCCACGUUGGCAUCUACAUGAAGCCCGGCUGGAUGGUCAACGCUGCCCGCACCGGCACGCCCGUGCGCGAGCAAAAGAUCUGGACGGCCAGCGGCGACCUCAAGAUCUGCCCCGAUGCCGUCAGGUUCUGGUAGAAGGGAGAUAUAGACAUACGG